CUUGCUUUCUCUUAAUUCUCUCGCUUAAUCAGUUAUCAAAGAAAAAGAAAAAUGAAGAGCUCUAUGCAGUUUAUCUCUACACUCUUCUUCCUAGUCCUACUUGUUAUCGGAUCAGGUGUGAUGAAGAUGGUUGAAGGACAACCCUUACUGUGCGAAGCCCGAAGCAUCAACUUUAGGGGAUUUUGCGAGAGAUGGAGGACUUGCAAGCGAGUGUGUAUCAGCGAAGGUUUCCCUGAUGGUCGAUGCAAAGGAUUCUUAUUCUUUAAAAACAGAUGUAUGUGCAGGAAGCCUUGUGCUCUUUAAUUCUACCUAAACCAAAUUCAAUUUUAAUCCAUCACUAGCUAUACAUGUACUCAAAACUAGCUCUAUUUUACAAUAUAUGGCUACUAAGCUUUGUUAGAUAAA